CAACACUAAUUGCUAUAUCGAACUACAUAAGCAAAGAACAUGAUCCGUUCGUAUUUAUUCAAACCUGGAUUUUUCGUUGAUAAUCAUACAUAACUCGGGAUUAAUUACAAAAUCAAUGACCAGUUAUCGUUUAUAGCUUAGCACAGUGUUCUGGAUAGACUUAGAGUAUUGGUUAUUGUUCCAAUAGUCGAACAUCAACACUCUGACAUAGAAAGACGAGAAUUUAGUGUCAUUAUGUCUCUCAUAGGAGUACAAAUGCAACAUUAUUAGUAUACAGUUAAUAGACUAUGUUAAAAAGACAACGCUUUUUGACUGUAGAAAAUUGCAGUUGAUGUGAAAAAAGUUUACUGAAAAGUAUUUUUCUUAUGGUUUUAUUCAACAAUUUGAUCACCUAGUUGACAGAUUUCUGACGAGAUAAAGUAUUUAUGGACAAACAUGUGAACGUUAUUUUUUUUGGAAAAAAAGAUGCGUAAAAUUAAUUUGUAAACAGGAAAUCGUAAAAAAAUGUCAGUGUUUUAUUGUGUUUCUUUUCCUGCCAGUGAAACAAACUAGAUUAGGGAAGUAUAGUGUACAAUUGAACGGAUACACCACCCUUAAAUAGGAUGUAAUAGGACUUUUAGAAAGCAGUAUAUGACCAUAUAUUAAAAUGGAAAAUUUCUCGUACACCAGUAUUCCAAAUGUGAAAGACACCAAUUUAACAGUGAAGUCAUUUUUAGCCAAACCUUCACCGAUCCCGUCAGCAGUUACUUUUACUCUUGGUGUCACAGGAAACAUCAUAGCAAUAUUUUUUCUUUUUAAAGCAUCAAAAAGUCAUAAAUGGAACGUGUUUUACAGGUUCGUAACAGCUUUAGCAAUGACAGAUCUUUUCGGUAUUUUGACAACAUCUCCAGUGGCGUUUGCCGUUUAUGACAAUGAUCUUGUUUGGGUUGGCGGACAACCACUUUGUCAUUAUCUAUCAUUCAUGCUGACCUUUGCAGGAGUUGCCACGGUAGUAUUUGUGGGAGCCAUGGCACUAGAUAGAUACCUGGCUAUUACAUUUCCAUUUAAAUAUAGUCAGUGGAACAAAGAUACAAUCGUUAACAUAAUCAUUGUCGGGAUAUGGAUCGGGUCAGUGUUAGUGGCAUGCUUGCCGCUUGUAGGACUUGGACAUAAUAUAAAACAGUUUCCCGGAACUUGGUGCUUUUUCAACUUUUUUGGAAACACUAUUGAAGAUCAGAUAUUCUCAUACUUUUACGCUUCAAUUGGAUUAGGUGUAAUUUUAAUGACUGCUAUUCUGAACAUACUUGUGAUAGUAGCUUUGACUCAUGGGAAGAGAAGCCAUGCUCGGCGUGGGAGUAUUAGUAGUAAAUCCGCACGUGCAAGGACAGAUAUUUAUAUAACUGUGUUCUUAGUGGCUAUAUUUGCUACGUUUGCUAUUUGCUGGACACCAUUUAUGAUUCGAAUAAUAAUCAACUCAACAGGUGUUAUCAAAAUCGACAGGAGGACAGAUCUUAUAACGCUGAGAUUAGCCACUCUGAAUCAGAUUCUAGAUCCGUGGGUAUAUAUACUGUUCAGGCGCGAAGUCUUAGUUAAAAUAACAAAAUUCAUAAGAAAAAGAAAAAGGAGAAAGGGCUCAUUUCUAGUAAGAUUAGCGAGUUUUACAAGCAGUUUUAAGAGUCAUGUGUCGGAUCCUGAACAAAUGGGAAAUUUAGAUAAAGAAAAACAAAACGAAGAUGUAAUAACGCCUUUACAGGAGGAUAUAAAGCGUUCACAAGAUGGCGAUAUGCCGCCACAAGACGAUAUAAAGCGUUCACAAGAUGUUGAUAAGCCUUUACUAGACGAUAUAAAGCGCUCACAAGAUGAUGAUAAGCCUUCACAUGAAGAUAUAGUGCUUUCACAUGAUGAUGAUAAGCCGCAACAAGACGAUAUAAAGCUUUCACAAGAUGAUGAUAAGCCUUCACAAGACGAUAUAAAGGGUUCACAAGAUGAUGAAAAGCCUUUACUAGACGAUAUAAAGCUCUCAGAAGAUAGCGAUAAGUCUUCCCAAGACGAUUUAAAGCUUUCACAAGAUGAUGAUAAGCCUUCACAAGACGAUAGAAAGCUUUCACAAGAUGAUGAUAAGCCCUCACAAGACAAUAUAAAGCUUUCACAGGAUGGCGAUAAGCCGCCACAAGACAAUAUAAAGCUUUCACAAGAUGAUGAUAAGCAUUUACAAGACGAUUUAAAGACUUCGCAAAAUGAUAUAAAUAAGCUGACCGUUGACAUUAAUAGUAGCCAUCAAGAUCAAAAUGGUUUGACAAAACUUUCACAAGAAGAUUUGAAGCUACUGACCGUUGACAUUAUUAGUAGCCAUCAGGAUCAAAAUGGUGUGACAAAGCUUUCACAAGAAGAUAUAAAGCAACUGACCGUUGACAUUAAUAGUAGCCAUCAGGAUCAUAAUGGUCAAGCUAAUACUACUGACAAUCAAAUUAACGUUGAUGAAGCUUUUACACCAACCAAUAACAUUGAAUAAAAACUUUCUAAAGUUUUAUCUGUCAGAGAUAAAUAGGUUAUUACUGA